AUGGCGCGUUUUAAGUGCCGGCACGCUGGCGAUUGGGGAUAUGAAAACGGUGCUCAGUUCAUUCACGCUGAGUAUGAUGGUGCUGGCGGAAUGGUGAUGCUUCAAGCGCUCUGGGCACAGCAGUAUGCUCCACAGCCCGAUCAGUCGGGGUGGCUGGAUCCUUACCAGCUGCCACUGCCUGUAGCGCUGUUGCGUAGUGGCCACCGGAUGCCCAUGGACCAGCGAAGUGUGGACGUCCAUCGGGAGCAGGGCGAGCACACGCCGCACCUGGCCGACGUUGGGCUUGGAAUUCCCAUCCAUACCUUUUCCAACUUCUUGCCCCGUGCCAAUGUGCGCUGGUGCAGUGAUGUGGACAGGGAGCAGGCCCAGCAUGCACUGGAAAAUGCGCAAAAGAAAAUCCAGAGACUGGAAAAGAAGUUGCAAUGGGAAGCCAAGAUGCGCGACGACAGCUGCUUGAUGAGCCAGACUGCCAUCAGCGUUCUUGAGGAGCAGGUGCAAGACCUGCAGUCUGCUAUUGAGAUCCUGAUCUGGGAAACGGAGCAUCUUGCCAGCUUCAGCCUUGACGAGGCUAGAAAGCACCGAAAGAGCACUGACAGCCAGUGCAGCAGCGGCAGUGACAGCAGCGACAGCAGCAUCGACGGUGCCGGCAGCGAAGUCGGCACUUGCGUGCCUGACGACCGCGUCCAGUGCGUCGCCAAGCUGGGGGACAUGGAGACUGCAAUGGCAGAGUUGCGGUGCGACAACGACGUCUUGCGCCGGGAGUGCAUGGAGCUGACAAAGCGCAAUGACGCUUUGACGCUGAAGCUGGAGGUUCUUGAGAGGGAGCGCUCCCGCCACGAACCGAAGCUGCCACCUGGGCGCGCUUUCCGUCCUCCUCGUCCGCCGCCGGAGGUGCUCGAGCAGGAGCUUCGAAACGAGAGGCGCAAGCUUCCGCUGGAGAGGUGCUGCAAAGCGGAGCCACCGCUGGCAGGCCCAUGCGAUGCCGAGGAGGGCGCGCUUCCAACUGCGGCUGUGCUCCCGUGGCUGCCGAUUGGCCCGGACAGUGACGUCGAGCGCCUCCCUUGCGGCCCUGGCGCGCCUCCCGGCAUGCGAGGAGCUGCGCUUUCACCCGGGCGACGGCGACGGCGGGAUGCGCAGGAUGCCGACGGCCACGCUUGCAUCGACGAGGGGAGGCUGUCGAUCUCUUCCACUUCCAGCCAGUCUAAGUCUACGGCUGAUGCGGCGUGUCAGACAGUCGGACUGCGGCGUCGGCCCAAGGCGCUCGAAGGCGUCGAGGAGCCAGUGGCGACGGAGGGCGCGCUUUGCCCUGCAAGGUCUACUGCUGACGGCGAGGACUGCACCGUCGGACCGCAGCCUCGGCCCAAGGCGCUCGAAGGCAUCGAGGUGUGCGUCGGGGAAUGCAGUCCCCACGACCUCCACGUGCCAAACCUGCUGCCGUUUCUCAGCGUGCAGGAGUUGAUGAGUUGGCGCCUGGUCUCGCGCCGCACCAGAAGCCCCGAGGCCUUGCUAAAUCACUUGGAAGAGAUGGGCAGCAUGGACAGGCCCUCGUCGGUUGUCGCUUUUGCGGAAAAGGUGGUAGUGUUCGCCAGCAACCCGGAGACAUCCUUCGCGGCAGCCUUCGGAGGCGAUGCCAAGCAGCAGAAGCUAUACGAGUGUCGGUGGUGGUGUAUGGCACUGGCAUCCAAGAGAAGAACUCAUUUUGCCGAAAGCGACGUUGAACACAUUGUUGGUAAGAACCUAGAAAGUUUGCAUCGGCACUGCCUGAGCGCGGAUGCAGCCGUCGCUACCGCCGCCAGCCUCGUUGCUGCGAACUAUUCUGGUCAUGCCCUUGCUUUUAUGCAGCGCCCUAUCGGAAAGGCAAUGAUCGCCCUGCUGGAAGACCUCGUCGAGUCCGACAUACCCACCAAUAUGGGUCGGAUAGGGUACUGCGUCCAGACACUCACGAAUGUAUUGCAUUCGUUGUGCAAGCUUCAGCGUCAGAAGUGGGUGUCUCUUAUGGUCAAACUGCUGAUGGACGAGAGUGCUCCCAAAGAGCGAGUUAUCCGCCCGCUGAAGAUGAUAUGGCUGGUUGAUGACAAUCCCGCGGAAACCUACAGAGAAUCCAUUCAGCAGCUGCGGAGUCUCGUGAAGACCGCCCAUGGAGAAGUGCAGUGUGACCUUCAGCUUCUGAUUCAUGGCAUCUGCGGUUGA